UUUCAUGCUAAACAAAAGACUUAGUUGACAAGAUGUUGCGACAUACAUGUAUAUUCGGCGGUCUCGUAUUUUUACUUUCGAACUUCACACUGACUGAACAAACUGGUCGAUGACACUUCUUCCUUUAAGUUACCUUUCUUUCAAUAUUCGACCGUAAUCAUGUUAACCGGUACCGAGUGCUUUUCGUACAAACAACUGGCUAUUCGCAUGGUUCCUCUUUUCCGAAUUUACGAAAACUUUGAGCUGUUACUCACAGUAGCAAGUACACUCUCGCAAUGGAGAGAUGCUGGAUGCUUACCGCCUGUUUUAUAUACUGGCAUGGCCAUUCAGAAAAAAUGUGUUGGUCGAACAUGCAAACACGUGUAUACACGUAUCUACCUCCAAUUGUUUGAUAUAUUAUUAACAAUGCGAACUUAAGACUUCCCGGUCGGUUUCCCCGGAAUCGAAAAUAGCAAUAUUGAUCUAUUAAUUAUCAUCAUUUUGCUUCAUUUACCUAUGCAACAAUGCAUCAGGUCCUUAUGAACCCAUUGUUUGAUAGGGAUCAAAGGAAGUUUUAUAUUCAAAAGGCAUACCUUUUUUAUAUUCUAUACGCGUAGAGAUUCUUUCUCAGGAAAACACGUAGCAAAGGAUACAAUUAUAUUAUAUACAUUGAUGCGUAACAAUUGCGUUCUUACACUUGCGUGUUUUUCAUUCAUAAAAAUUAACACGAAAUUUCAGUAAAAGUUUCAUUUAGAUUCAUUUAAUAUCGCUAUUAAAUUUCUCUUAUCGCGUCAAUCAUAUAAACGGAAUCGUACUAUGUAACGCUUAAUAACAAUGUUGAUUACGAAUUACCCCAAUUCGUAAUAAUUUUAUGUCAAGGCCGUCGUUCUGAUAUUUCAAUGUUUACCCCGAGUUUAAUCUUGGCCGAAGAACAUUUUAAUUAAAAUCUAUGUAAGCGUAUAUAUGGACAUGCACGUAUAUCAAACAUGAGUUUAAUUAUCGGUAACGAGCGUAUUUGAUGCUGCAGUACGCUGCUUGCCUCCGAUGAGGCAUCAAUUAUUCCUCAAACAGAUUUUCAGCAGAUAUUCUGCAAAGAACCAACAGAAAUUUUUAACGAUCGAAACUGUGCGCGAUAUAAUGUCCGAUAGCUUCAAUAAUAAUAAGGGUAAUCAGAACAUCCAAGGUCGAGCGAGUCUCUCCUCAAGAAUGCAACGAGGUUUUAAAAAAAUGAAGAAGAGCAUUCAGAAGAUAACUGAAACUUCGACGAGUGUUCAAGCUCACUGCGUUUUCGUAGAGAACAUUCAAGACGAGGAGAAGCAAUCGCGGUACAUAGUACCGGAACGGCUCUCCUCUUUAACGCGCCAAACGGGAUUCACGAAGGACGAAAUACGAAAGCUUUAUCGUGCUUUUAAACAGCAUUGCCCGAGAGGAGCGGUAACAACGAACGAUCUGAAACCAGUUUACGCAAAAUUAUUCCCAUUGGGAGAGCCAUCUAAAUACGCGCAGAUCGUUUUUAACGCUUUCGAUAGGGACAGAGACGGAAUUGUAAGUUUCAGUGAUCUUCUCACUGAAAUAUCCUUGAUCACCAAUGGUGACACGGAUCAGAAACUUUCAUGGAUCUUCAGGUUUUACGACUUGAAUGGGGACGGUUAUAUCACGAGAAAAGAAAUGUUGGUCAUAGUGUCGGCGAUUUAUGAGAUGCUACAUAACGGGCAGACUAUUCAACGGAUGAUAGACAGACACGUGGAUAAGAUCUUCAAGAAGAUGGAUAUUGAUAAGGACGGAGUCAUAUCCCAAGAGGAAUUCAUGAGCACUUGUAAAAAUGAUUCUGCAAUCCAAAGUCAGCUGGUAAUAUUUAAUCAGUUUUGGUGAAUUGAGUGGACAAGAAAAAUUCCUUCACAGUAUUACUCUGUAUAUUCUGAGGAAUCAGAAGCUAAUAAUUAUUAUAUUCUAAAAAUUAUGAGAAAGAUGUAUAAAAUGUGGGUAAUAUAUUUACAUUUAGAAUGCAAUCAAUGUUCCAAUUCGUCAGUUGCUACGUUUCUUGUUUCCUUUCAUUUCACCCUAAUAUUGUGUAAGUCCUAUUUAUAAACUUUUAAAUUUUAGAUGCGCGCCUUGAAAAUGGUACAGCUGGUGCCAU